AUGAUUUUUAGAAUACUUGAUGACAGCAGAAAAAAUAUUUCUCGUGAUAUCAAGAGAUGCGAUCUUUUAUCGAGACAGGAUGUGGAUAAUAUAAAAAGAAGUUACAAUUUAAAUAUCAAUGAAGGAGUGAAGCACAAACAGGAUGCUGUUAGUGUUGAUUUGUGGGUGGAGGAGUGCAAGGGAUUAGCCAAUAAUCCUGUUUUGUACUAUAAACAGCAAGGACAGCUUUCCAGUCAGUUUACAGAGAGUGAUUUUAUACUAAUAAUAAUGAACGAUGUACAAGCCUCUCUUCUUAUGAAAUUUGGAGCAAAUGUCAUAGCCGUUGACAGUACCCAUGGACUCAAUAACUAUGACUUUGAAAUGACUACUGUCAUGGUUAUUGACGAAUUUAACGAAGGUUUCCCUGUAGCCUUUAUGUUCAGCAACAAAAAGGACACACAUGUACAUAAGUUAUUUUUUCAAGCAAUUAAGCAAAGAGUUGGUGUAAUUAAGUGUAAAAGUUUUAUGUCUGAUAUUACAUGUGUGUUUUAUAAUGCAUGGUCUGAGGUUAUGGGUGAUGCACAGCAUCAGUUAUAUUGUUCAUGGCACAUUGAUAGAGCUUGGCAGAGUAACUUAUCAAAAAUCAUAGGAAAAGAAAAAAAGGAAUGGGUUUAUAAGACACUAAAACUUCUACAGGAACAUGUUGAAGUUUCCACAUUUCCCAAUAAAUUGCAAAUUAUUCUUCAGCAGUUAGCAAAUGAUGAAGAUACAAAACGUUUUGGAGAAUAUUUUGCAAAAUACUAUUCUAGUUAUUGUGAAAAGUGGGCAUAUUGUUACCGACAGAAUUGUGGUAUAAAUACAAAUAUGCGUUUGGAAAGUAUGCAUAAAGUCAUUAAAUAUUUUUAUUUAGAUGGUAAGCGGGUUCGAAGAAUGGAUAAAGGACUGCAUGCUACAUUGAAGUAUGUACGUGACAAAAUUGUGGGUAGGCUAAUUAAGCUUACCAAGGGUAAGCAUAAUAUUAAUAAUCAUGAGACAAUACAACGCCAUAGAAUAGCAAUAAGCUCAACUUUUAAUAUGAUUUUAGAAAGUCCGGGAAUGUGGAACCUUGAACAUAAUGCAAAACAGUAUACAGUGAAAGAACAUUGUGACGUAUCAAAGUGUUGUAAUUUCACUUGUACCUUUUGCAAUAUUUGUAUUCAUCAAUAUACUUGCAGUGGUCCAGAUAACUUUAUAAAAAAAUCAAUUUGCAAACAUAUACAUUUUGUUGCUAUCAACAAAACAAAUUCUAGAACGGUUGAAUGUGACUCAGUAAUAGAGAAGUGUGAGGAAUCUGUAAACACGUGUGUAAAUUUUUUAAGCAGUUGUAAUCCUACUAUAGAUGAAACCAAAGAAAAAAUCAUGAAAAAGCUAUCAAGUUUGCAAGCAAAACUUCACAAUACAGAUGUCCAUGCAAUACAACCUAAUAUUCUGUCUCAAAUUUUACAUCACUUAAAUACCGCCGAAAACUUAAUGGACAUAUCACAAUCAACUGUUUUAGAUAAUAAUUUUAGGGAUACAAAUGAUAUUUCAAUUAAUAAGAACAUAGAGCCACAAAAAAGAUUUUUCUCUACUCAGAACAAACGACGAUAUGAUAGGACUCUUAAAAAUCCUACUAUUGAUGAAUGUACAGAAAUAUCACGUUUCUUAGAAGGCGAUUCAACUAUCAUAUCAAAAAAGGCAAAUGAGGAUCACAGAUAUGCGUCAUCAUCAUCAUCAUUCAAUCUUCCCUAA